GCUGUGCGGGAGGCUCGCUCUCGCCUCCGGCCGCGCGGUGUGCUAGUCCUUCUUUCUCUCCUUCCCUCGCAGGUCUCGGUAAUUAACACCGUGGACACCUCUCACGAGGACAUGAUACACGAUGCGCAGAUGGAUUACUAUGGCACUCGCUUAGCGACCUGUUCUUCAGACAGAUCCGUGAAGAUCUUUGAUGUUCGGAACGGAGGGCAGAUCCUCAUUGCCGACCUGAGAGGGCAUGAAGGUCCCGUGUGGCAGGUUGCCUGGGCCCAUCCUAUGUACGGAAAUAUUUUGGCUUCCUGUUCCUACGACAGGAAGGUUAUUAUCUGGAAGGAAGAAAAUGGCACUUGGGAAAAGACGUAUGAGUACACAGGGCACGAUUCCUCAGUGAAUUCUGUCUGCUGGGCACCACAUGACUACGGGUUGAUCCUGGCCUGCGGGAGCUCUGAUGGGGCAAUUUCGUUAUUGAGCUAUACGGGUGACGGGCAAUGGGAAGUCAAAAAGAUCAGCAAUGCGCAUACGAUUGGAUGUAACGCAGUUAGCUGGGCUCCUGCUGUUGUACCAGGAAGCCUCAUAGAACAACCGUCUGGUCAAAAACCAAAUUACAUCAAAAGAUUUGCAUCUGGUGGCUGCGACAACCUUGUCAAGAUCUGGAAGGAGGAAGAUGGUCAGUGGAAAGAAGAGCAGAAGCUGGAGGCUCAUAGUGACUGGGUGCGAGAUGUAGCCUGGGCUCCAUCCAUAGGUUUGCCAACAAGUACCAUUGCUAGCUGCUCGCAGGAUGGCAGAGUGUUUAUCUGGACAUGUGAUGAUGCCUCUGGAAAUUCAUGGUCGCCAAAGCUGCUGCACAAGUUCAAUGAUGUCGUCUGGCAUGUGAGCUGGUCCAUUACUGCUAAUAUUCUUGCAGUGUCUGGAGGAGACAAUAAAGUCACACUAUGGAAGGAAUCAGUAGAUGGACUGUGGGCCUGUAUCAGCGAUGUCAACAAGGGCCAAGGAGGGGUGUCUGCCGUUACAGAGGGGCAGCAGAACGAGCAGUGAUGCAUGAGUGAACGUUCCAGCUGCAAAAAGUGAUCACUAUACCUGAUUUGCAAUGUUUCUUGAACCGGAUGAGAACUGAUUUUAUCUGAACUGGAUGUGAACAUGGGAAAAAAUUAUCCAAUUUUGAGUACUCUCUAACUAUUGCUGGAAGGCUACAAUAUGUUGGUAAUUAGCCUUAAGUAACAUUCCCUUAAAUUUAAGUUAAAGAGCAUAGCAAAGUACUGUGCCUUAUACUACUCCUUGCUGCCAUAGAAAUUGUACCUUGCUUUUCUGGUUUAGGGA